AUGUUGGCAGUGCUUUUGUGGGCUUCGUUAGCAUCGACCGUGUUUGCUGGUCAUCUUCCGACCUCAUACAGUACGCAGAAGUCCUACGAAUACGUACUGUUGAACGCCGCCGUCUUCGCCGCGGACCCAACUCAAUGCGUGGCCAAGGCGACUGAACCUGCGGGAUCUUGGCAAGUUGUUGCUCAUAGUUUGGUAAGAUCGAAGCUAACCAUAUUUUAUCCUGGUUUAGGAUGUAAAGUGCCCUGGAAGCAAUGAAACGUGCGGCUUUCUCGUCAUCAGAUCUGACGUUUAUCAGCAAUAUGUUAUUGUUUUCCGUGGAUCCUACGGUGGGGGAAAUAUCACUGCAACUGAAAUAAAAUUAACUUUUCAGGCUCGCAAAUUGAUGACGAGAUCUUUUCAACUUUUGCACCAAGAAACGAUUUCGGAGGAGGAGAAGUCCAUGAUUACUUUUACAAAGCUUUCCAGGCUACUUGGUUAGUAAUAGGUUUUCGUAUCGUAAUGCAUGUUUUAUUCUAGGCCAUACGUUGAAUCUGCUAUUAAUUCCUCGACCACCUCAGCCUAUGACGUCGUUGUGACUGGCUACUCUCUCGGCGGAGCUCAAGCCGCGUUGACUGCCACUCAGAUCGUCGAAAGUGGAUUAAAAACUGCUGAAAAAGUAGGGCAAUGGUUUAAAAAGUUAACAAAUUAUUAUAGAUUGUCGUCUGGACUUUUGGAGAGCCUAGAGUUGGAAACGCCGCAUUCUCAAAGCAAUUCGACGCCACUUUCAAGACCGUUUACAGAGUGAUCAACAAGGCUGAUUUCAUUCCCCACGUCCCCCCAUGUAUCGCAAAGGGGCUUAAAGAAUGUGUCGCCUCUGAUCUUAGCUACUAUCAUCACAGCACCGAAGUCUGGUAUCCUGAUGGAAUUCAAAACCUUACCAGCACUUAUAGAGUAAGAAGUUAUAUAAUUCACGUUAUCCUCUAUAUUUUUCCCUUUGUAGAUUUCCACCAAACCCGAAGACCCCAAUGGAUCCAACAGCCUCGUCCUUGCCUACCAAUUGAGUGAUCAUCUUGGCUACUUCAACACCAACCUUCAAACUUUUGGAGAGGGAAAUUGCCAGUAA